AUGAGCACCGCGGAAGAGGAGUCUUCGGAGCAGGAAGACAUUUCUUCAAGCGAAACCGAAGUUACGUCCCGAGUGCAGUACAGCAAAGUUCUCCCGCUAAAGUGUCACAUAUUCAUGCUGUAUGGAUCGUUCGCCGCCGUGCUGCCCAACACGUCGGUGGAGGCCGAGCAGCUGGGCAUCUCUCCUCAGCUGGUGGGCGCCAUGAUGGCGGCGGUGCCAUUCAGCACGGUUCUGGCCGCGGUCUCGUUGCCUUACUUCCGCUCGCGCGUCGCCACCAUCAAGCGUGCCAUGAUCCUCGUCACGCUCGGGCAGGGCACCUGCCACCUGCUCGCGAUGCGGGUCACGCGCGGACACCGGAGGGCCUCGGUGGACCUGACCGUGCGCAUGCAGUGUUUCCCUGCCGAAAACGCUUCCACAUCUACUCCGCUCACGGUAUGCUUGGACAACCCGCUCAACCGCCAGCCGAAUCUGUGCCCGCAAGACUCGACGGUCGAUCCCGGCAGCAGAUCCCAAGAGGACAUCCACGAUUCCGACUCUCAAGCGCUGGAGUGCACGUUCAAAUGCGGAUGUUUCUGGGACCAGGACGCCGAUUACGCGUCGGCAGAGUUCAGUCCCCCCGCGAACAAGUGUCUCGUGAGCGACCACAGACUCCUCCACUGCGGGGAAAGCUACUGCCUGGCGGUCUCCAAGGAGACGCACUUGGCCAUUCUGUGCGACGAAGAGUCGACUCCGCCCUGCCGGAUGCGCUGCCACGAGCGGCGGCUGCGACGCGGAGAGCGGACCGCUGCACUGACCAACUGGUCGGACGUCCUCCGGUCGCUCCGCAAGGCCGUCGUCUGGAGCUACCUGCUUCUGCGGCUGCUCGCCAUCGUGUUCAGCGGCGUAGCCGUCACCCUCACCGACGCGGCCGCGCACCUGGUGCAGGACGCGGACGAGCCGCCGCGUCUCUUACUCCGCGCGGCGUCGACGGACCCGAACCGGCUGUGGGGCUCGGCGGGCUGGGGUGCCGCCUCGCUGCUCGCGGGUCAACUGAACCACUGGAAGGGCCCCGAGGGAGGUGCGUUCAUCAACUUCGCGCCGGCCGUCUAUCUGAGCGCCGGUAUGAACGCGGUCGACGUGGUGGCCAUCAUGCUACUGCGUAUGCCCCUGCGCGAGGUUCCGUACCGGCGCCUGUUCGAGAGCGAGCCGAGCGCGUACCGCAAGCGACGCACCUACUUCUACAUGGCGCUCGCCUACGUCGUGGGCUCGCUGAGCGGUGCCAUCUGGGUGUUCGGACCGCUCAGGCUGCGCCUUUUGGGAGCCGUGCCGCAACUGCUGGCUGCCACGACAGCCGUCCAGGUUUUCGGCGGCGAGCUUGUGCACACGUUCGCCUCCGAGCGGAUCGUGCAGCUGAUGGGCCUGCGGAACGCGGCGAGCGCCUCCAUCCUGAGCCUGUUCGCUCGGCUGCUCGCCUACGGCCUGGUGCCGCUGCCCUGGGCCCUGCUGCCCGUCGAGGUGGCGCAGGGACUUAGCGUGGGCCUCUACUCGAGGACCACUCUCGCCCUCGCCAUCGGAGACCCGCCGCAAGGCAAGACGGAGCGGCAGCCUGCAGCAGGUCCUUUCCACCAUCUACCACGGACUCGGGGCCUGCUUCGGCGCAUUCGUGGCCGGAUGUCUCAUACCGGUCAUGGAGAUCAACAGGACGUUCGUACUCUACAGCGUCGUCGCCCUGGUAGCCUUCUACGUCCAGUUCAGUUUCAGCCUCUUCUGCUCCAAGCGAGAUUCAGCCGACGUGAAGAAGAACGCCACUAG